AUGUAUGCAAAGUGAUAUCCACAGGUUACGAAAAAUUUAAAACAAAAUCGCAAUGGAAAUUCCGCACGUGCCGACGUCCACUGAAACUGUGACGCGUGAAUGGAUGUCGCGCGUCCUUGCUGACGAGUUUCGAACCGACAGCAAAAACGUCCUGAUCACAGACUUGCAAGUGUGCGUCGGUACCCAGAGAACCGACGGGUUCCUGAGCAGAAUGCAAAGAAUCAUCGUCACCGCGAAGCAAAAGCGAGGCGACGACGACACUGAAGGCGACCCCGACACUCAGCAAACGCUCCACCUCAUUGCCAAAUUGUUUCCACCUGGAGAAGUCCACCAGAAACUCGUGAGGCAUUUGCGGGCGUUUGAGCGAGAAAUCCACGUUUACCAAUGUCAUUUGAACCUCGUGAUGUCUAGUCAGGAUCAGGUGCCAAAAAUCCGUCCACCGUUUCCAAAGAUUUACUUUUGCGAAACUGGACUUGAUGCAUCUUGCAUUGUCAUGGAAGAUCUGAAGCAUUCGGGGUUCAAGCUGAACGACAAGAUGAGAGGGAUGGAUUUGGCUCAUGCGCUACUUUGCGCUCAAGGGGAAGCGAUUUUGGCGGCGACUGCUUUCAAUGCCAAACAACGAGUCGGCGUAGAGCAGUACAUGUUGGACAAUGCACCACUUCUUUUGAAUCCAUUGACAAACCAUUUUGGCGUCAUGCUUGAUACACAAGUCUACCCAGGCCUCAUUUCUUUCGCCGAAGGUAGAAAUCGAGAGGAUUUGGUGAAACGUCUGCAAGACUAUGUCGUGAGGGUCAAGUCACCUUAUGUCAGACUGAUGGCAGGAGUGGAAAGACUUGGAGAUUUGGCAGUAUUUAGUCAUGGCGAUUGCUGGAAUAAUAAUUACAUGUUUCGCUAUGAGCUUGACGCUGAUGGUAACGAAAUCCCUGUCGAAGUCAAGGUAUUGGACCUUCAAAUCAGCAGGUGAGCAUGAAACUAUUUAUUUUUUUGCAUUCCACUGAUC